UCGCAGUAAAAAGUUUAAAAUGGAAAAUGUGUACUUCAUAUAUGAUCAGUACAAUAACGUGCCAUUUUGAUACGUUGACCCGAUCGAUCCAGUGUCCAAAAAAGAUGGACAAUAUUAUUAAUUGUUGGGGGGUGUAGUGUGGACCGUGGACAGCUCGCAAGUCAACUGGAUCUUAUCUCCUCCCAUCUUCUUCUUCUUGUAUUAUAAAAAUGCACUCUUGAAGAUCAAAAACUACUCCAUAACCAUUUUUCCCUCAAAACAGAAACACCAAAAUGGAGACCAAAUCCCUUUCCUUUCUUCUGAUUGUUGUGCUUUGGCUUUGCAACACUUUCUUGAUCUGCUCUUCAUCCACCGCCAAACAACAACAACAACAACAACCCGACCCGGUACUCGACAUCGACGGAAAACCCCUCCGGACAUCCGGAAAAUACUACAUUCUUCCGGUCAUCCGGGGCCGGGGAGGUGGGCUCACCCUAUCCAGCUCCGACAACCUAACAUGCCCUCUCUUCGUAGCCCAGGACCCGUUCGAGGUCAACUUCGGCCUUCCCGUAAUCUUCUCCCCGGCAAAACCCACAAAAGGCGGCGCAGUGCGGGUUUCCAGCGAUCAGAACAUCAGGUUCGACGCAGCCACCAUCUGCGUCCAGUCAACGGUGUGGAAGCUCAGCUACGACGAUGGGCUGAAACAGUACUUUGUGGUCAGCGGAGGUGUGCAGGGAAAUCCGGGGCCUAAAACAUUAGACAACUGGUUCAAGAUUGAGAAAUUCAAUAGGGAAGAUGGUUCUGAUAAGAAGAAGAGCAGGCGGGAGGAUUAUAAGCUGGUGUUUUGCCCCACGGUUUGUAACUAUUGCAAAGUCAUUUGCAGAGAUGUUGGGAUCUUUAUCCAGAACGGAACCCGACGUCUUGCUCUCAGUGAUGUUCCCUUUAUGGUUCAGUUCAAAAAGGCUUGAUUACAACAUUAAUUCCUCUGCCCCACGGAAUUUACAUCCAUAUCUCUUUGUUGUUCUACUUUUCUUUCAUCCAUGCCCAACUGAAUAAACUUUCUCUGUAUACUGGAUAUAUAUAUAGAGAGAGAGAGAGAGAGAGAGUGUAAUUUGAUUUCGUUUCUUCUUUUCAUGAUUUCAUUUCAACUCAUCAUUUAUGGUAAAAACAUUGGCC